AUGGGUGCAGGUGCGAGUGCAGAGGAAAAACACUCCCGGGAGCUAGAGAAAAAGCUGAAGGAGGAUGGUGAGAAGGAUGCCAGGACAGUCAAGCUGCUUCUUCUUGGAGCUGGAGAAUCGGGUAAAAGCACCAUUGUCAAGCAAAUGAAAAUUAUCCAUCAGGAUGGUUACUCCUUAGAGGAGUGCUUGGAGUUCACCUCCAUUAUCUACAGCAACACUUUGCAGUCCAUGUUGGCCAUUGUGAAAGCCAUGGGCACGCUCAGCAUCCAGUAUGGAGAGACAGCUAGGCAGGAUGAUUCCCGCAAGCUGCUGCACUUAGCUGACACCAUUGAAGAGGGCACCAUGCCUAAGGAGAUGUCCAGCAUCAUCUGUCGACUCUGGGAGGACAAGGGCAUCCAGGCCUGCUUUGAGAGGGCCUCGGAGUACCAGCUGAAUGACUCGGCUGGCUAUUACCUGAGUGACCUGCCACGGCUGGUGGCCCCUGGAUAUGUCCCUACAGAGCAGGAUGUUCUCCGUUCCAGGGUUAAGACCACUGGCAUCAUUGAAACCCAGUUUUCCCUUAAGGACCUCAACUUCAGGAUGUUUGACGUGGGGGGCCAGCGCUCAGAACGCAAGAAGUGGAUCCAUUGUUUUGAAGGAGUCACUUGCAUCAUCUUCAUCGCUGCCCUCAGCGCCUACGACAUGGUUCUGGUGGAGGAUGACGAAGUGAAUCGCAUGCAUGAGAGCCUGCACCUCUUCAACAGUAUCUGCAACCACCGGUACUUCGCCACCACCUCCAUUGUUCUUUUCCUCAACAAGAAAGAUGUUUUCCAGGAGAAGAUCAAGAAAGCCCAUCUUAGCAUUUGCUUUCCAGAUUAUGAUGGACCCAACACUUACGAGGAUGCAGGCGCCUAUAUCAAGCUGCAAUUCCUGGAGCUGAACAUGAAACGGGAUGUGAAGGAAAUCUACUCACACAUGACCUGUGCCACCGACACGCAGAAUGUCAAGUUUGUCUUUGAUGCCGUCACUGACAUCAUCAUCAAGGAGAACCUGAAGGACUGCGGACUCUUCUGA